CUUAUGACUCCAAUCAUGUAUGCUGCACGAGAUGGUCACCCUCAGGUGGUUGCUCUCCUUGUUGCUCAUGGAGCAGAAGUUAAUACCCAGGAUGAAAAUGGUUAUACUGCUUUAACAUGGGCAGCACGUCAGGGUCAUAAAAAUGUAGUUUUGAAGUUGCUUGAACUUGGAGCUAAUAAAAUGCUACAAACCAAACAUGGAAAUACACCAAGCGAGAUUGCAAAAAGAAAUAAACAUCUAGAGAUCUUCAGCUUUCUUUCUUUGACUUUAAAUCCAUUGAAAGGAAAGCUUCAACAGCUAACUAAAGAAGAGACUAUUUGUAAACUAUUGACAACAGAUUCUGAUAAAGAAAAAGAUAGCAUAUUUAGUUCAUAUACAGCAUUUGGAGACCUGGAAGUAUUUUUACAUGGUCUUGGACUUGAACAUAUUACAGAUUUAUUAAAGGAAAGGGAUAUAACUUUAAGACAUCUUUUGACCAUGAGGAAAGAUGAGUUUACAAAGAAUGGAAUUACCAGUAGAGAUCAACAGAAAAUUCUGGCUGCUCUUAAAGAACUAGAGGUAGAAGAGAUAAAAUUUGGAGAAUUACCUGAAAUAGCAAAGUUGGAAAUCAGUGGUGAUGAGUUCCUCAACUUCCUUCUGAAAUUAAACAAACAAUGUGGCCAUUUAAUAACAGCUGUACAGAAUAUCAUUACUGAGUUGCCUGUAAAUUCUCAUAAGAUAGUACUUGAAUGGGCUUCGCCUCGGAAUUUUACUUCAGUUUGUGAAGAACUGGUUAGCAAUGUUGAAGAUUUGAAUGAAGAGGUCUGCAAACUAAAAGACUUAAUUCAGAAGUUACAAAACGAAAGAGAAAAUGAUCCAACUCAUAUACCAUUAAUAGAAGAAGUAUCUACAUGGAAUAAUAGAAUUUUGAAGAGGACAGCUAUUACAGUAUGCGGAUUUGGAUUUCUUCUUUUCAUUUGCAAGCUAACUUUCCAAAGAAAAUAAUCUUAAUAUUUAUUUUGACUAUUGUAUGUAUAUUUUAUUUAAAUAACCUUAAAAUGUUACUUUUAACCAUUUGUGGCUCAAUAAAACUACAUUCUUUGCCAGUAUUCCUCAGGAAAUAUUAUGAUAGCAUAGAGUAGGGAAUUUUUCUUUAGAAAGUGGUUUGUGACUUUGAGUUAAAAUAUAAUUUGUUAUAUUUUAUGAUAAUUUUGAUCAAGCAGUAAGUUAUGAUUCUUAAAUUUGAUCCUGUGACUCUAAAUCACAUUCAAAAUAAAAGUUUCAUCUGAUAUUCUUUGACAUUUAAAAAGUGUUUAUUUGUCACAGUGAAUCCUAUAAAAUCCAUAGUGUUCAUUAAUCAAUAGCUUUCUUUUAGUUUUUAUGUU